AUGUUGUAUAGUCUUGAUGUGCUUGGUGUAGAAGACCGGGGAGAAGACGAUCAAUUGGAUGUUUACACCGAAUUCAACGAGACCAUUGUUCGAGACAAGGAAGGACGGUACCAAGUCAACGUUCCGUGGAUACCUGGUGCUCAACUUACAGAGACAAAUGAGAUACAGAGCAAGAAACGCCUGCGUUCGGUCACAAAGAAACUCAAUCAAGACCUCGGUUUGAAAACAGAAUACCGGAACAUCGUAGCCCAACAGCUUGAGAAAGGAAUCAUCGAGAGGGUCCCAGGGGAACCGACCGGAAGUCGUGUGUUUUAUAUGCCACAUAAACCAGUGGUAAAAUCUUCUGCCACAACCACAAAGGUCCGAAUGGUGUUUGAUGCCAGCGCGAAGCCAAACCCACUCGCUCGAAGUGUUAAUGAGUGCAUGUAUAAGGGCCCUCCACUACAGCCGUUGCUGUGGGACAUAUUGAUAAGAGCUCGAAUGGCUCCGAAUUUGUUAAUUGGUGACAUUCAACAGGCAUUCCUUCAAGUCGGAUUGAAACCAGAGGACAGAGAUGCCUUUCGAUUUGUAUUUGAAUUGAUAGACGGAACGGAAGAGCAAUUCAGAUUUACCAGAAUACCCUUUGGCGCAGAAGCGAGCCCCUUUCUUCUCGGAGCCACCUUGCAACACCAUUAUGAUAACCAACCACAGGAGAACCAUACUGAUACUCUGUUGACACUUACGGAGAACACGUAUGUAGAUAACUUAAUGAAGACUGGGGACAGUGUCGAAGAGUUGAAGGAAUUUAAGCACGAAGCUACAACCAUCAUGGAGGAGGGGAAGUUUCCUGUUCAUAAGUGGGAGUCAAAUGUUCAUUCGCUAGAGAGUGCGGACAUGCCCGAUCCUGGAAAGAUACUGGGUUUGACAUGGCAUAAACAAGAUGACGUAUUAGAGAUCCAAGUUCCUGAACGAGAUAACGGACAGUGA